AUGGGAGAUGGGAAUGAAGGCCACAAUUGCUGGGGGCUUCCACAGCCCUCUGUCAACACUCACUUCACAGCUGCCUCCGGUUUGGGAAGGAAGACCCAGGCUCAACCUGUCAGAGCAAGAACUGACGGGGCUCAGGGGCCUCUCGGAACCAUCAGAGCCAGGGUUGUCCUCAGCAAAGACCUGCGUGUGGAGUUCCCAACAAAGUCCAGGCCCUCCUGGCCCCGUGCCUGGGGCCUGGCUGACGUGGUGGACAUUGCUGGACAGGUCCUUGUGAGAAGGUUUUUAAAGUUCUGUAUUUAUAUCCCCAAACUUGGAAACACGAUCUCUAUGUUAGCUGAAGCAUCAUAUCUGCUUUUUUAA